AUGCGUGAAAUAAACUCGAGUCGGCAUGUUUUUGUGUCACUUUGUGGCAGUCUUAAUACAAUAAAAUUCACUUCAGAAGUGGAAACGCAGGGAGAGAAGUGGAGAAUAGAAAAUGAUCCUAUAUUAAGGGCCAAGUUAGAGGCAAAGGAAAGAGCAGAAAAGAAGAAGUUGUUAGAAGAGGAAGAUGAAAGAAAAACUCAGCAUCGCUUGUGGUUGGAAAGGGAAGCCAUUGCCCAAGAAAGAUUUCGAAAGAAAAAAGAGGAUGAAGAAAGAAAGUUGAUAGAAAAAUUGGAACAAGAGGAAAGAAUCAAGAGAGAGUGGGAAGAGGAACAGAAAAGGGAGAAGGACAAAGAAGAACAGAAACAAAAAGAAAUCAACGAGAAAGAGGUGAUAUCACUGUUGACGGAUUUGGUUAUUCACCAUCUUGAAAAGGAUGCCUUGUUCAGGGAGUUGGACAAACCAUCAACUUCUGAGGCUAAUGGUCCUUGGCAUAAUCCUUUGGCACCACGUUCAGGUGACAGUAAAUCCUACGGCACAGAACAAGAUACAGUGAAUUGUUCGUUUUAUCUGAAGACGGGAGCCUGUAGGUUCGGAGAAAGGUGUUCCAGGCACCAUCCUCGACCCAGCUCCAGCGUGACUCUAAUGAUUCCAGGGAUGUACAACGACAUUCGCCUGUCUCAGUCAAUGCUUGAUGAAGCUGAUCAAGAUACAAGUUUAGAGUACGACGAAAGGGAUACUUUUGAAAGUUUCAAGCGGUUUUACGAUGACACUUUGCCGGAGUUUAGAAAGGCUGGAACUGUUGUGCAGUUUAAGGUUUGUUGCAACUUCGAGCCACAUUUGAGAGGGAAUGUCUACGUCCAGUUUUCUAGUGAAGAGGAAUGUGCCAAAGCCUAUGCAAUGUUUAACGCCCGUUGGUAUGCAUCAAAACAGCUCUCAUGUGAAUACUCUCCCGUCACCAAGUGGAAGUCAGCAAUAUGCGGACUGUUUGGGCGCAACCGCUGUCCGAGAGGCAAAAACUGCAACUUCCUACAUGUGUACCACAAUCCAGGAGAUGAGUUCAACCACAGAGAGGAUUUGUCACCAACCCGCACCCCAUUCAACGGUGGCCGGGCUUCCGAGAGAUCCGACAGAAGCUGGAGGCGAGAUCAUUGGAUCAGACGCAGAGAUCUGGAGCCAGAUAGAACGAGGGAUAGAGACUGGGAACAGGACAGGCACAGAAAGCGAUACGAUAAGGACUGGAGCCGAGAGAGAGAUGAUUACCGAGGCCGGCAUCGGAGAAGAAGUAGGGAAAGAGGACGUAGCAAACAAACAGAUAAAGAAGAGAACGGAGAACGAAGAACGAGAAGGAGAAGCUACAGUGAUAACGAAGAAAGAGAAGAGGAAACAGAAAACAAACACUUGAACGAAAGACUGUCUCCAAGUGCCGGUGAAAGUAACACAGAGGUUGGAAACCAGGACGGUGAAAAGCAACAUGAACUGACAGAGAAGCCAGCGGACCGAAAGCGGAAGCAUCAUUCAUCAGACAAGCACAGCCAUCGGCGAAAAUCCAAGAAGAAGCACAAACAUAAAAGCGAACGGAAGAAAAAGAAGAAACGGCGUUACAAGAGUGAGAGCGAAACUAGCAGUUCAGAAAGCGACAACGAUCAAGAUGAACAUUAGUAUUUCGUUCAGUUUAUGUAGCAGAAAGUCAGCCUUCAAAGUAGUAAUAGUAUCUCUGUUCUCAUUAUCGAGCACUCGGUGACCAGGUGUCAAAAAGGUUUGGUUACCGAUUCUCGUCGGUCGUGAUGAGGUGGAGGACUCAUGAUUACCAAAACUAAAAGCCAUACCUCCACUGAAUUAUUCUAAUGGGAAAGGAAACUGAUAGUUUGCCGUUUUUUUUCACAGCUUUUGUAACACUCUGAACAAUUUAUGGUGGUGCGCGGUUGUGAGAAAGCGACGCGCAGUGGAUAAUGCACCGGAUUCCCAGUUUGGACGUAAUUUGACCCAUUCUGCGAACAUAGACAUUUUCUUACAAAUACAAAGAUAAAAUGGUGCCAGUUCUCUAGAAUAUUUCUGUUCCUUUAUUUCACUUGGAAAGUUUAUUUAACUCCUCGGAGGGGCCACAUUUAAAGCGGCGUCCAUUCUUCAACGUUGCGCACAUAACAACGGCACCAAAAUUAUUGUGUGUCAAAGUUCGGAUGGCGCUUGGAUUAUCAGACUGUUACGAAUUUCGGACGGGGCUUCGUCAUGGGCGGUCUCAGUGGGCAGUGCCUAUUCUGGAAGGUGGAUACGUUUGGGUAGCAUCUUCUCAUGCCUUCGACAUGGGUGGGCCGUUAGCUUCGAUUCCCCUCCCGGGUUUCAUUAGCUUUUCUUUCCGGUUGCACCUAAUAAAUCAGUUGGAAAAUUUAUUGAAUCAGUCACGCAUUGACGUGACGUGCGCGACAGGUAUACGUCACGGAAACCUUGAAUAAACAUGUCACACCACACUUAAUGGCGUAUAUAUCUUUACCGUAUAGCUCAGUGAUUUCAAACGGGGAAUUUUAUUUCCAAAGUGGUCCAAAUCAAGGCUGUACUCAAAGAAAACAAUAGGUUUCCCUCACCUGAAAAACGUUGAAACGUAAACAUAUUUUAUAUUUAAAAUAUAUGAACUUCAUAUAUUCAUCGUACCAAACAUAUUUUAGUUGAAUUUUUUUGCUUCAGUAAUUUGCUUAGACACAUUUUCUUAUUAACACCGCUGAGGAAAAAAUAUUUUCUUGAAUCCCUGAACCUUCCUCAGAAAUUAUUCCCAUUAAUGAAAAGACGACAUUCUGUGAUCGUGUAGUUCGAUCGUUCGGGAGAGAAAGUACUGAGAAGGACUGUUAUCGUUACUAGUGACUACGUUUCGUCAGCCAGAGCGGAAGUCAUCAGCAGUCUACUGAAGUCUACUGAAGAAUUCUUGUCAAUCAAGUGUUGAUUGAUUUCCCCAUCAAUGAUAUUUUAAGUAAAUCGAACCAUGUUUUUAUGACUG